AUGACAGACGUCGCACCGCCUUCAAGCUCUACUCCUAACGACUACAUACUCAGUUUAUCAGACGAAGAAAUAGAUCACGAUCAGAAAAUAGGUAUCAAAGCCAUUCGGUUAUUCUUACAAAGCAAAACGUCGUAUGAUGUAUUACCCGUGAGUUAUAGACUAAUCGUAUUAGAUACAUCAUUAUUGGUUAAAAAGUCAUUGAAUAUCUUGCUACAGAAUAACAUUGUUUCAGCUCCGUUAUGGAACAACAAGACUUCCCGGUUUGCUGGUUUGUUAACUUCAAGUGAUUUUAUCAAUGUCAUCCAAUACUAUUUCCAAUACCCAGAGAAGUUUGAACUAGUUGAUCAAUUGACAUUAGAUGGGUUAAGGGACGUGGAAAAGGCCAUUGGUGUUGAUCAAAUAGAAACUGCCUCGAUACACCCUUUCAAGUCGUUAUAUGAGGCAUGUGUGAAAAUGUUGGAGUCGAAAGCUAGAAGAAUUCCAUUGUUGGACACAAAUGAGAAUGAAGCAAGAGAUAUAGUCGUCAGUGUGUUAACUCAGUACCGUAUUUUAAAAUUCGUGGCUUUGAAUUGUAAAGAAACCAAGAUGUUACUAAAACAAAUCCAACAUACAGAGCUCAACAAACCAAAGAAAUUGAGCACUUGUACAAUGGAUACUCCUGUUAUCGAAGUGAUUCAUUUGUUAACAUCAAACUCAAUUUCAUCUAUCCCCAUCGUCAAUGAAGAAGGUAAAUUAAUAAAUGUCUACGAAACAGUUGAUGUAUUGGCGUUGGUCAAAGGUGGUAUAUACACAGAUUUGGACUUGUCCGUAGGUGAGGCAUUGUUAAGGAGAUCAGAAGAUUUUGAAGGAGUUCAUACUUGUACCGUAACUGAUAGGUUGAGUACUAUUAUGGAUACAAUUCGAAAAUCAAGGUUGCAUAGAUUGUUUGUUGUUGAUGAUGAAGGGAAAUUGAUUAAUGUGAUCACAUUGAGUGAUAUUUUAAACUAUAUAUUGUUUGGAGAAGAUUAA